AUGGGGUGGUAUCUAUUGCUGCUGCUUGUCACGAGACCAGCUCUGGCCAAGCUCGUCCGCGAGGAACUGACGCUGACCUGGGAGCUGGGCGCUCCCAAUGGCCAGGUGCGCGAGAUGAUCUUCACGAAUGGGGUGUUUCCUGCGCCGAAUUUCUUCUGGGAGGAAGAUGACGACAUUGAGGUAGUCGUCCAUAACCGGAUGCCCUUCAACAACAGCGUCCAUUGGCACGGAAUGCUGAUGCAGGGGACCCCGUGGUCCGAUGGAGCACCUGGUCUAACGCAGAAGCCCAUUGAGCCCGACGAGAGUUUCGUGUAUCGAUUCAAGGCCUUCCCGGCAGGGACUCACUGGUACCACUCGCACUCACGCAUGAAUCUGUUAGACGGGCUAUAUGGGGGGAUCUUCAUCCGACCCAAAGAAGACGCAUCAGCCCCUUGGUCCCUUAUCAGCAAUGAUUCUCGAAACAUUGAAGCCAUGGCGGCAGCUGCCGCCACCCCGGAGCUGGUCAUGAUCUCGGACUGGUCCAAGUUCAAGUCGUGGGAGUAUAUGGCCGCCCAAGAAGACUCUAACUAUGUCAUCUUCUGCGUUGAUAGCAUUCUCAUCAAUGGCAAGGGCAGCGUGCACUGCCCGGGAGAGGAGUAUGUAGUUGACCAGACCAGCAACUACAUGAAAUGGGCAUUGUACCCAUCACAUGUUAAUGAUAAGGGGUGCUUCCCCUUCAUUAAAGCCACUGAAGGCCCGUUCUUGGAGUCCGGACACCCGGAAACCAUCCCGCACACGUUGCAGAAGGGUUGUGUGCCCUCAGCCGGCGAGGAGGUCAUCAUCGAGGCCGAUCCUCAGGCGGAAUGGGUCAGCCUCAACUUGAUCUGUGCCUCCACCUUCAAGGCCAUCAUCGUCUCCAUCGACGAGCACCCGAUGUGGGUAUAUGAGGCGGACGGUCAAUACAUCCAACCGCAGCGCGUCGACACGCUGACCCUCUACACCGGCGAGCGGUAUGCGGUAUUGGUCAAGCUCGACCGUGCGCCGCGCGACUACACCAUCCGCGUGGCGGACAGCGGGAUCACACAGAUCAUCGCCACGUCUGCCACGCUGCGGUACCGCGGGCCCCAGCGCUGGUCGCCGUGGCCCAGCCGCGGCGUCCUCACCUACGGCGGCCAGAACACGACCCCCGUCGCGACCCUCGACCGGAAACACCUGCGGCCGUUCCCCCCGCACGCGCCCGCCGCACACUCGGACGCCAUGCACCUCCUUCGCACGCACCGCUGGUACGCCCCCUGGAAGUACACCCUCUCCGGGGGCGGCAUGUAUGCCGAGGACCGCAGUGCGACAGCGCCCCUCCUGUACGAUCCGCACUCCGCCGACGCACAGAACGAAAGCCUCAUCAUCCGCACCAAAAACGGCAGCUGGGUCGACCUGGUUGUCCAGGUAGGCUCGCACCCAGCCCAGCCGCAGGAAUUCCCUCACCUGCUGCACAAGCAUACGGGGAAAGUGUGGCAGAUCGGGUCUGGCAACGGGAUCUGGCAGUACGCGACGACAGACGAGGCCAUUGCCGCCGAGCCGGCCUCGUUCAACCUCGUCGACCCGCCGUACCGCGACACCUUCAUCACCUGGUACGACGGGCCCUCGUGGAUCGCCCUGCGGUACCAGGUCACCAACCCGGGCCCCUGGCUGUUCCACUGCCACAUCGAGAUCCAUCUCAGCGGGGGGAUGGCCGUCGCCAUCCUCGACGGCGUGGACGUCUGGCCUGAAGUCCCACCAGAGUACGCGCCGGACCAGCGAGGCUUCCUCCCAGGCGAGGAGGGUGUAGAGAUCGCUCCAUCACCCCAUCAACCCGUCGAGGCCACGUCUACACACGAUGACUCAACCGUCAAGACGCAGGAGAAUAUUGCAUAUUGGAACGGGAUGCUGCGCAAAGUGAUUGGGUUCUUGGAGAGCUUGGUGAGCGUACCUAGUACCUGA